AUGCAGACUUCCUCUCCGGCUGCCACAGGUGGGAAAGAAGCAGACUGCGGGCCCUCCCUUGGAAUCGCAGCAGCCGUGCCAUCCCUGGUGGCCACAGCCCUGCUGGUGGUGUUACUGUUUACUGUGCUUCACCGGAGAAGCCGCGGCGGCAGCGAGUCUGUGGAGGAAAGCGAGAGACCAUGUGAGAUUACAGAAAUCUAUGACAGUCCCAAGAUCUCCGAGAAUCCUAGAUCACCGACACAUGAGACGAAUACGACAGGAGCACCAGAAGGCCACAUUUACGUGAGGACUGUCUCAGGAAGUGAGCAGCCUGUGCGUGACACUUACAGCCCCCGUGAAGAAAUGGAGAGGAGGAGGGGACUGUGGUGGCUUAUUCCCAGACUGAGCCUAGAGUGA